AUGGGGAUGUAUUCUCUGGCUACCGGAUUGUCUACCUUCAACAAUAGGAGUGCAAUAAAGGUUAGAGUAAUUCGUAGCUACGUGGUACUGGAAAAGAAAGGCUCUGCUGACCUAAAGAGUCAAGAAUUGGUCUUACACGACCCAGAGGGAAAUGUCAUUCAUGCAACUAUACCAGCAAAAAUUGUUCCAAAGUUUAGCAAGGGUUUUGUAGAAGGCAAAGUGUAUGCUAUCAAGAACUUUUACGUUGUUUCGAACUGGCAUACCUACAAGACCAGCAUGAACGAAUUGAGGCCUUUUGAUAGUUUGAAAGGUAAUUCAGAAUUAAAUGAGAAAGAGCUCAUUGAUAUCAUUGGUCGGGUUGUUGAAGUCUAUGAACCUCAAGAAAAAAAGAUUGGUGGAAAUAAUGCUAGGCUCAUAGCUCAAGAAAAAAAGAUUGGUGGAAAUAAUGCUAGGCUCAUAGACUUUGUGCUUGAGGAUGCCCAUGGCCAGAAGUUAACCUGCACGUUUUGGGACGACCACGUUUCGAAGAUUCAGCAUUUAUAUGAAGCUCCUUCCAAAGAUCCUGUGAUAGUUCUCAUACAAUUCUGUCGGAUAAAAAGAGGGCUCAGAGAUGGUGAGGUCAAGAUCUGCUCAUCUUAUGAUGUAACUCAAGUGCUUUUCAAUCUGGAAUAUCCAGAAUUUAUCAACUUCAGGGACAGUCUUACGGACAUAGGAUAUCAAACACCUAUGAGAAGUAUAGCAUCUCUAUCCAGUUUUAGUUUUACCAACACUAUGGAUGAAUCCAGCAGUAACUCUAUGGAACUAACCACCAUAAAGGAGAUCUAUGACAAUGAUAAGUAUGGAGAUUUUUGGGUGGCCGCAAGGAUAUCGGGUGUUGUUAAUCCGACUGAAUGGUUUUAUAGCUCCUGUAGGAAGCCGGGAUGCUACAAAAAACUUAAAAUUUCUGAAGGAGUCAAUAAAUGUUUCAAGUGUUUUCAGACUUGGGAAACUGGGAUUUUAAGGUAUAAGAUUACACUACGAGUUGUUGACCUGAAGGGUAAUGCUUCAUUUUUAAUGUGGGAUAGGGAGUGCCAGGAGUUGAUAGGAAUGCCAGCAACAGAGCUAUAUGAAAAGAGUAAUAAGAACAAUCAGCCAUUAAAGCAGAUCACAGAGUUGGCAGGCAAGACUUUGCUGUUUCAGAUUACAGCAAAGUCAGAUCACACAGCCUACCGUAACACUCUAUUUCCCGUGCUGAGGAUAAACAAUGACCCACAGAUUCUCAACGAACAUUGCAGUCAACUGCUGAAACUAGAAGAUAAUGCUUGCAACUCUAACAUGCAAAUCAGUCUGGAUGAUGAUGAUUUUUUGGAGGGUUUUUUAAGUGAUGAAGCUGAAAGUCCCAUAGCAAGUAUUCCUCAUGUAGCUGUUGGUGAUUCAACUGAGGGACCUGUCAAGAGAUGGGUAUCUAGCAAGCUAGAGGACUGGAGGAAAAUAGUAUGGAUAUCUUAA